UUGACACACCACGCAUACAAUUUCUUCCCAUAUAUAUCUGAAAUAUUCUCUCUAUCCAAACGAUAAAAGUUUCGAAAAAAGCGAACGAAAGCGAAGCAGAGCUGGCUCUGCAAUCAGAACAUCACCGCCGCGUCUCUUUCUCUCACUUUCUAUCUCUAUUUUCUUGAAUUCGUGUGAAGGAUUUCCUUGGAAAUAAACAAAACCUUUACCUAUAACAACUCUCCACAUGUAGUAACGUUAAAGCCUCUCCAAUCUACUGAACCGCUGUAGAUAAAGUUUCUGGAUUUUGACUGAAAUUCUCCAUUUUUCCGGGAAAAACGGAAAUGAUGAGAAGGCAACAGCAAGAUCAGCAGUCAAGGGUUUUCUACGAGCUUUCCGCUCUGGUCCUCAACAUCCUACGAUCCCCACCGUCUCCGAUUCCGUUCUCCGACCACUCUCCGGCGGCGGACGUGACGACGACGACGACGACGACGUCGUCAUCGUCGUCGUCGUCGUCCCGGCGGUCCACUCCGAUGCCACAGAUCUCGCCGGCGGGGUUCGCUUCGCUGCUUCUGGGGAUCUCGUUGGCGCUGAUGCUCUGUGGGUCGGUAACCUUCUUCAUCGGCUUCAUAUUGAUGCCAUGGGUUCUCGGGCUGGUCAUGGUGUUCUACGUGGCAGGGAUCGUCUCGGCCCUCUCCAUGUUAGGGCGCUCGCUUAUUUGUUACGCCACGGCGCCACCCACGCCGCGAAAGGACAUUCCUGCAUGGAAACUUUUGUGAAGAGAAAAGUUGGUUAAGAGAAUUAUGUAGGGGAGGAUCUGAGUGGCGGCAAUAUCCCGUGUGUAUUGCUUCUUCUAGCAACCUAUGGGGGACAAAGAAAACUCCGAGCUUCUUCAAGUAUUGAGCAAAAAUUGUGGAUAAUUGUUUACUUUAUGAGUUACUGGAUGUGUGGAUAUUAGUUGAUAUAGUGAAUUGUUAAAAGAUUUUUACGUACUACUGCCUAAUGAAUUCCAAGUUGUGAGAAGAAUUAGGAGGGCUAUUCCCAGUUUCUUCUAUACUAUUUCGUUUUACUAUAAAUUUUGUGUAUUCUUCAUGGAUAUAUACAAUUUUACCUGUUAGGCAUUAUGAUA